AUGGCAGCAGACAGCCAGAGCUCAGGACAGUUUCGGGUGUACAUUGAGAGUCAGCGUCCUGGUGGCAAGGGCAGUCAGGAGAUGGAGAGACAAUGGAGGCCGAGGGUUGUUGUGCUCCUGCCAUGUCAUAGCGGAUUUGAGUCUGGAGCAGGUGAAAGAAACCUGGGGCAUCAAGGAGGCAUGAGAGAGCACGAGGAUGACUCCUGGCGCCAGUCAGGAGCUGGGCAGACAACGGCGAAGCAAGAGUGGAGCAGAAAGGAGGAGCAUGAAGCAAGAGCAGCUGCCUCUGCCAAGUGGCCGCCACCAGUCCCCCCGCCACCCGGACCACCGCCAGGGCCACCUCCACCGGCACCACCGCCACCUCCAGCGAGUCCACGCCCGGAAGCCGGUUUGCAGGACCAGAAGGACGACACGGACGAUUUAGAGGAAGUGGAAGUGGAAGAGGAGGCACCUUCUUCAUCCUCGAUGCCGGUUCCACUGACGAGCAUAGCCUCUUGGAUGCGACGGCCGAGCGCAGGAACGUUGAAGAAUCAGAAAAUGCAGAAGCAAAAGCAACAACAGCCUGGCCACGAGAAGUCGCAGCAGCAGAGCCACAAGCAGGACAGUGCCCAGUUCAGGCGCGACUUAGGUCGUGCAGAGAAAAAAAUAGCUUCACUUCAAGCCGAAAACACUCGGCUGCAAUAUGAACUCCACAAGAGGGACACAGAGGCCAUGUGUGGCUCCUUGCUAUACCGGCAGCAAGUGACGCACCAGAAGGAAAGUCAAGAGGCAGCGCAACAGAAGGCGAAGGCGGAGCAAAACCUCAGAGUCGAGGCUGAGCAAACAGAGCAGGAGCUCAGAGGCCAAGCUCUGGAGACCUCCAAGAAGCUCCAGGAGCAGCAGGCCAUUCGCAUCAAGGAGCUGGAGGCUUCGCUGAAGGAUCUCCGGGCCGAGAAGGACAGAUACAAGUCCAUGACGGGGUCCAUGAGUACACAGCUGGAGACGUCGAAGGCCGAGAUCGACAAGCUGUCGAAGCUCUUGAAGGACGCCCAGCUCCAAGAGACGAGAAAAUCCGAGGAGUUGAGGCAAGCCUUGGACGCCGUUGAGCGAGGCAAGGCCUACAAGGUCAAGACAGACGCAAAGGUCUCCGAGUUGGAGACCUUGAUCCACGACGUUGUCACCGAGAAGGACAAGUGGAAAAAGCUGGCGAAGGAGAUGGGCGCGACGAUGGACAAGCGCCGGGCUUCGGACGCCCGAGAUGCAAAAGCCAAGGAGGCCGAGAAAAAGGAGGCCAAGGCGGCCAAAAAGACCCAAGAGAAGGAGACCCAGCAGGCCUCCACCAAG